AUGCGUUUCUCUCUUCUUACUGCCUUGUCCGCCGUGGCUUCAUUGGGCCAUGCCCUCCCCGGUGCUCUGCAGACACGAGAUAUACCAGCCGACCAAUUGACUGAAUUCGACUUCUGGGUCCAGUAUGCCGGUGCGGCAUACUACUUGAACGACUACACCGCUCAGACGGGCUACAAGAUCAGCUGUCCGAAGGGCAACUGUCCCAAGGUAGAGGAAGCCGGCGCAACUAUCUUCUACGAUUUCUCCAACGCCACAAUCACCGAUACCGCAGGUUUCAUCGCCGUAGACAACACGAACAAGGCUGUUGUACUCUCCUUCCGCGGCUCCUACUCAGUGCGCAACUGGAUUGCCGAUGCCUCCUUCGCCUACACGAUCCCUGGUCUUUGCGACGGCUGCCUGGCUGAGCUCGGUUUCUGGAGCUCGUGGAGACUCGUUCGCGAUAAAAUCCUACCGCAGUUGAAGGACGCUGUGUCCCAGAACCCGGAUUACGAGGUUGUCGUUGUAGGCCACAGUCUCGGCGCUGCUAUUGCCAGUCUUGCUGCUGCCGAUCUCCGCGUAAAGGGGUAUCCGUCCGCGAAGCUGUACGCGUAUGCUGCUCCUCGAGUGGCGAACCCUGCUCUGGCCAAGUUUAUCACCGCGCAGGGAAAUAACUACCGCUUCACGCACACUAAUGACCCGGUUCCUAAGCUGCCUUUGCUGUCAAUGGGAUAUGUGCAUAUCAGCCCUGAAUAUUAUAUCACGGCUCCUAACAAUGCUACUGUUACGGCGUCUGAUGUCAAGGUUAUUGAAGGCGCGGUUUCAUUUGAGGGAAAUACUGGUACUGGUAUCCCAACGAUUGCAUCCUUCGAUGCCCACCACUGGUACUUUGAGGAGGCUGAUGCUGGCGUCGGUGAGGGCCUACCAUUCAAGAGAGCUUAUGUUUGA